AUGACACUAUCAUCAAAACGGCAAGAUCUUCAAGGAAUCCGAGGAUUGGCAAUUCUUUCAGUUCUUGGAUUUCACUUUUAUCCAACUUAUUUUCCAAAUGGAUAUCUAGGUGUUGAUCAAUUCUUUGUGCUCUCGGGAUUUCUUAUGUGCAUGUUACUUACAAAAUCAGAAACAAUGCCAGUUAUCUCUGGUGUCUUACACUUUUAUUCUCGUCGUUUCAAAAGGAUUCUUCCAUUAUAUCUUCUAUUCAUAUUUCUAACUGUUAUUUCUCUCUACACAAUAUUCCCAGAUACAGCUUUACUUCAAAAUCAAUCUUCUGCAACAAAAGCCUUAUUAUUCGUUUCAAAUAGACCUCAUACUGGAGAAGAAGAUUAUUUUGAGAAACUUUUGAUUGCAAUUGACCUGUUCACUCAUACAUGGUCACUUUCAGUUGAAAUUCAAUUUUAUUUUAUUGUUCCACUCAUUUUCCUCAUUGGAAGCUAUUUUUCUAGAUUCUACAAAUACGGAUAUUAUUUUGUUUUAGGUACGAUAUCAUUUGCAUUCAAUUUUAUUCUUCCAUCUAAAGUCUCUUUUAACAGUUUGCUUGCAAGAAUAUGGCAAUUUUUAAUAGGAAUGAUUAUAUAUUUUUAUUCAACAAAACCUCGAAAUAAUUGUAUUUCCAAUACAUUCUUAGGAGCAAUUGAGCAUGGCGAAUGUGAAAGAGAAGUGUUAAUAAUUGAUAAUGUGGAAAACAAUGAUAACGAAGAAGCUGUGGAGCACAAAAAAGUGCAAUGCAAUAAAUCAACAUAUCUCGGACCAUUUUCCAAAUAUUGUUUCCUGAUCCCAAUGGCGUUUGUGGUUACGUAUCCAAUUGCUUUGUUUCCAUUUCUUGUAAGGCCCCUCUUCACCUUUUUCACUGGUCUUUUGAUGCUUGUCUCAACUGAUGAUGAGUUUCUCAGUAACCGAGUACUCACUUAUAUUGGUGAUAUUUCAUAUUCACUUUAUUUGAUUCAUUGGCCAAUUUAUGCGUACACCAAACUAACAUUUGGAAAUGAUCCAUACGCACUUGCUGCUGGCUUAAUCAUAUCUGUAAUCGUGGCAGUUAUUGCCUACGAGACUUAUGAAAAAUGGUGCCUGAAUCUAUCAAACAUAAAUUGUGCACUUUUGAUCUUUUUCCUCUUUAUCAGUAACUUUCUUUCUAGUAACUUUCUAGUAAACAAAGACGCAAUUCAAGAAAUAAAAUUUCGCAAUACACCGGGACAGUUAUCUAAAGUUUCAAGCCUUGACGGGGUGACGCCUAAUAUGUCUUUUGAUGAUGCAGCUCGUUUAAACAAAUAUUGGAACAAAUAUGAUCUUGAAACAAUGAUAGAGCGAGGGUGUGUCAAAAGAAGUCCAAACCAUCCUUCUUGGUGUGACUUCAAGUUUUUGAAUGGAAAAUUCAACAUCGCCAUAUUUGGAAACAGUUAUGCAAAAAAUCAUCAUAAAAUGUUCAUUCAAGAAUGUAGUAGUAGAUCAUACAAUAUUGCAAUGAGUUCAGUGAAUGGCUGUGAACCGUUGGCAGCCAACACAACUGGAUGUAUAAAGAAACUCGACGAGUUUGUGCAGUUAUUGAACAGUUCCAAACCAGACUACGCAUUUCUGCUUACAAGAUUCUUUGUCAUAGCCAAUCCGUUCACCGAUGUAAAUACUGAAAAUGAUGAAAUAUAUAUUCAAAUGAAAAGUCAACUCAAGAAAUUCCUGCCAAAUAUUAAGAAGAAGUUGUAUAUUUUAGAUUCAUUCCCAAGAGUACAUGGGGAUGUGAUUCCGCACAUUGCGGAUGACUUGAAAGAUGGAAAGACAUUCGAAGAAAUUAGUAAAGCCCUGUUACGACCAGAUGGAUAUGAAAGAGGUCGUCUUCGACAUGCUGCUCUCGUUCAAGAAUGUGGUGACAAAUGUGAAUUAAUUGAUUAUCUUCCAUUAUUCUGGAACAAUUCUACACAUCUUUAUCAGUAUUUUGACUCACGUGGAUUCUCUUAUUUCACAUCUCCAAAUCACUUGUCUGCUCAUGGAAUUGAACUCGUCAGGCACAUUUAUACAAAAAUAUGUGCUAAUUUGAAAUAA